AUGGCUGCAGGUUUUUCCGACCAGCAGCUCAAGAACUUAAAAUUUCUGGAGGAUUUUCUACGGCUGAGGCAGUGGCCAGCCGACCUAGCUCACAAAGGGUAUGCCCCAACAUCCAUCAAGGUUAUGCUUCUCAAUGCUUCUGCCUUCGUGAACCAUUUCAAGGCUUUUCACUUAGAGAUUUCUGGUCUUAGUUCCAACAAGCUGGAACGUAUUCUGCUGCAUCUUCGAAGGCUGAGCCGUGACAACACCAGGGCAGUGCUAAGCCACCGGCAGAGAGCAAAACAGAAGAAAUCAGAGUCCCUCCGAACCAGCACUGAGCUCCAGUCCUUCAUACGCAACGCCGAGCGUAACCUGCCCAGAGUUAUGGAUGACAACCGCACCAAGCCAACCUCAAAACUGUACCGAAUUGCCCAGGGAUAUGUUGCGGGGUACCUAGCAGUUCUCACCGGCCACCGCCCCAUCGUUUUCUGCAACAUCACCAAAGCUGACCUGCUGGAGGCUGAAAAGGACCCACUCGGCCGCACCCUGGUGUGGGUUGCUAGGCACAAGACGGACAGAGCCUUUGGGAAUGCGUAUUUGGCUCUCCUGCCAAAGGAAGCUGACUGGCUCAGAGGCCUGGCAGAUAUAUCCAGCCUCUACGGUGGAGAGCAGUGCCCGUAUAUAUUCCAGUGGAACGGCAAGCAGGUCCAGAAGCUGAACCGUAUGCUGAGAGCAGCCUGGCAAGUUGCUGGCAUGACUGGGGACAUUGCUUUCAGCCUGAUCCGUACAUCCAUCGCCAUAGAGGCCAAGAAACAUCUGUCACACUCGGACAGGCUGCUGGUGUGUAACAGCAUGUGCCACGACAUCUCCACAGCCUAGCGGUUCUACACUGAUGUUCCCAAUCUCAGUGAGGUUUUCCGCAUAAGGGACCUUCGGACACAGGCUUUGAAUAGCUCUGCAGACCCAUUGGAUGCAUCUAGUGAUCCAGAAAGUUCAUCCAGUGAAAGCAGCUGCUCUCCAGAUAAUCAAUAAAACCAUCCAUUAUACAAUUUUAAA